AACAUACAUUCAACGAUUCAAAUAUUUUUUUAAAAUACAAGAAGUGUCUCAUAUCUAAUGUUAGUUACCUAAUGAUUAAAAGAAUGUCAAAACCAAUUGUUCUUUGUACAGGAAACAAAAAUAAGCUAAAAGAGAUUAUUGAAAUACUUGGCAAAGACUUUCCCUACAAGAUUGAAAAUCAAGACAUUGAUUUGCCAGAAUAUCAAGGAGAACCCGAAGAAAUAGCAACGGCAAAAUGUGAGCUUGCAGCAGAAAGAGUUAAGGGUCCUGUUAUUGUAGAGGAUGUGAGUCUUUGCUUCAAUGCCUUGAACGGCAUGCCAGGACCAUACAUCAAAUGGUUCCUAGCAAAGAUGGGUCCAUCAGGUCUGCACAGAAUGCUCAAAAGUUAUGAUGACAAGUCAGGCUACGCACAGUGUGUGUUUGCUUACAGUUCGGGGGAGAAAGGGUCAAAAGUUCACAUCUUUGACGGGCGCUGCAACGGGACAAUUGUGGAGCCCAGGGGCUCAACUGAAUUUGGCUGGGAUCCCAUAUUCCAGCCUGACGGCUAUAAAGAAACCUAUGCUGAGAUGGACAAGAAAAUUAAAAAUGGAAUAUCCCAUAGGUCAAAGGCUAUCAUGAUGUUAAAAGAUUUUUUGCUGCAAUUAAAAUCUGGAAAAUAA